UAUCAUUUCUGUUUUGAUUAUGUUUGUUUUCUCCCUAACCUUGCGGUAGAAUGUUUUGUUGCAGCAUUUCUCUCCAUGUUUGGAAAAGUCCCAAAAGCUGAGACCAGCACGCUUGGUCAUGAGAUUGCCCCCAGACCUUCUUAAAAUAUAUCUGGAUAGUUAAUAAUUAUGACGAUAGCUUUUUUUAUUAUAGUUGGCUGCAUGGACGUAGCUUAGUGGAUGAUAUGACUACUUUCGUUAUUAAAGCGUUCAAUCUCAAGUGCACUGUUUAUGCAGUUGCAAUGGCUUCCUUGUAAAUCACCUAACGAGUCCUAAGUUUCGUUUUGUGACUAGGCUGCCAAAUGGCGACGGUGUUCUAAUUUUGUGCUACAGGGUUUCCUUGGUGUAUUUAUAAAGAUAGAAUUAAUAUAGAAAUUUAUUUUUGUCAAUAGCAAGAUAUUUCUACUUAAAAUUUAAGAAGUGAAAAAAAACUGAAAAUGGGAAGAAAGAAAAUUUCGAUAACUAGAAUAAAUGAUGAGAGAAAUCGUCAGGUGACAUUCACCAAAAGAAAGUUUGGUCUGAUGAAGAAGGCGUAUGAGCUGAGUGUGCUGUGUGACUGUGAGAUCGCUCUCAUCAUCUUCACCUCCAACAACAAGCUGUACCAGUAUGCCAGCUCGGACAUGGACAAGGUGUUGCUCAAGUACACCGAGUAUAAUGAUACUGUGGUCAGCCAAACCAACAAGGACAUUCUGGAGAUGAUAAGCAAGAAGGAUAUUAAAGGGGAGGGGGAUGAUGAUGAUGAUGAAAAGUACACCUUAACCCCCAACACUGAAGAUCGCUACCGCCGAAUCGACCAGGAGUACGCCCGAGUGAUGACAGGAACUCAAAAGCAGCCAGUCCUGUACCAGCAGCCCAUGCCAGUAUCAGUUCCGGUGCAGGGAGGGAGUUUCCCCCAAACCAGUCAACAGCAGGGCGCUGGGGGCUCGGUGGUCUUACUGCAACCAUCAACAGCUCAUACUUCCAUCCAGCAACCAACAGCAACCAAAGUCUCUCCCUCGGUAACAGCAACCAAAACAUCUCCUAGCCAACAAACCCAGGACCUGUCUCCAAACUCUGCUGCUAAGGAAACCGAUUUCGGCCAAGGAAAAGGAAAACCUAAUCUACGAGUUGUCAUUCCAGCAAAAUCUGAAACACAAACAGCUAAAUCUCAAUCCACGUCCCUCGACACUCCUCAGAUUUCCCAAGCUACUCCCAGUACACAACUAGCGUCUGUCCUUCCAUCAGCAAUGUUACCCACUGACUUGCAGAUAAACAGUGCUGACCUGGCCAAGCUUUUGGGGUCAGCAUUUACCGGAGGGGAAGGGAUCCCAGGGCCGCUCACUGCUGCCGUGCAGGCUUCUGGAAUAUCCCUUACACCCAGUGGAUUAACCCCUACUACCAGCUUACAGAACCUGAUAAUUCCUCUAUCACAUGCGCAGGCCCUCCAGAUGCAGCUAUCUGGCAAAAAUGUCAAAGCAGAACCAUCCUCACCCCAGGACAAAGGGGGGUCGUCUGAGGAUGAAGGGCCCCCAGAAAAACAACCACGCAUGUCAUCUGACCGAUGACAGUAUCCAUUGUUUGUGAAAAUAUUUGACUGAAAAUCAUGUUUCAUGCACAAAAUGUUAUAGGCUUUUGUCCCUGCAGUGUUUUAUUUCUUAAAUUAUAUCCUGACAGGGUCAUGAACAUUGUUCAAGAAAAAAUGUCAUCAUUUUCUGUAGAUAAGAUUUGUAACAUUUGAGAUUCUGCAUUGGAGGUUUUAUUUGGGGAGGAUAACACCCAUGAAUUUUAGUGCUGAGAUAAGUCAGGCCUGUGGUACAUUGUUGUUGUGUGGCCACAUUUCCCAGAUUCAGAUUUUCUGCACCCUUAUUCAUCACAUUUCAUGAUUACAAACUGUCUUUGUACAUAAAAUAUCUUUUAAGUCAUUGAUACCAUUCUGUUGUUUUCCCUCUUUGUCAUAGAGAAACUUACUGUUUUAAACAAGAAUACAAAAUUUUGUUGAAUCAAUAUGGGUCCCCAAAGAGGCAAAGAUUUGUAAUCACAAGAAGGAGGAUGAUCCAAAAGACAGACAUACAUAAUUCCUAUUUCAUAGGAAACUUUUUUGUCUCAAUAAUUUGUAUUUUUGGACUGUUCCAUUUCAAAACAAAGGGAAAAUGCAAAUAGACACAUAAUUAGCUUAUUAAUAUGUUUUUAUACACAUAACAUCGUAAGAAACUCGGGAACAUUCUCUUUAGCAUAUUCAAGACCUGUCAUGAGAUUCUGAUAAUGAAACAUAUAUAUGUUGAUACAUUUAUUUGUCAGUUUUAUGAAAUCCAUUCUUUAUAUUUGAAAAGUGUUUUGAAAUUCACUUAUUUAUAAAGGUAUUACAUUAAAUAUUUACAUUUGUUGUGUAGCUGUCAUUCAAACAUUGACAUGCAUAAUUUUAUAUUUAAUUUAACAAUGUAAUCAAUUUAGAGGUCAGAUUUAUUUUCAGACAGUUCUGACAUUCUAUUAAAAUAAUUAUAAAUCAUGUUGACUUCUGCAUUAAAAUCAAUUUACUGCUUUCCUGGUGUGUACAAAAUCAAAAAUCUCAUUGAAAAGAGAAUGUUAGUGAUUCAGCAAUGUCAGUUAAACACCAACUGAUAUUGAUCAAAGAUGUCUGCUUGUCACUGAACACCUUGGAACUUAACAUGUAUUAAAUGACAAAUCUUGUAAUCUAGACUUUAGUAGUAACUUAGAAUAUACGUGUGUGCUCUGUCUGAAUGAUUGAGAGACUGAGUGCGGGUUGUGAUCGUUUUGUUUAUAUAUUCUACUUACAUAUAUAUACGACUUGCAAUGUUCUAUUUCUGACAUAUGUAAUACAGUUUAACCUUAGAUUUGCUGCAUGAAGGGUAUACUUAGGUAUGAACCAGUUUAUUUUUUAUCAAGAUAGAAUUGUUUUAGAUUUUUGUGCCAUUUGCUGCAUGAUAUUCAUACAAAAGUAUGUCAUUCUUAAAAUCAUUGUAUUAUUUUGUUUAGAGGAUAUGUAUAUGCAAUAAAUAAUCAUUUUAAUAGAA